AUGGCCAUGGCCGUGUUCUGCAACUCCUGCCUGUGCGAGCCCCGCAGCCCCACGCCUCGGUUCUUCAUCACCAGCUGCGGCCACGUUUUCUGUGAGGUUUGCCUGCAGAAAGGCAAAAAAGAUGAAUGUUUGAUCUGUAGAAGUGCUUGUCGUACCUUAGUCCUUUCAAAAGAGACACGUCCUGAUAUUCAAUCACUGUUCAUGCAAGUAGAUGUGUUAGGCAAGAGAUAUUCAAAAGAAAUAUCACAGGUUUCACAGUUUCAAGGAAAAUACCAUAAGCAUUUAGUUACAUACCACAAACAAAAGAUAGCAAAGCUGGAAGAGUCUCUCAAGAAAGUAACACAACAAAUGCAACAGAUGCAAUGUGUGAAACCUCCUGAAAAAACUACACCUCUGCCAUUUUCCAGUACAAGCAGAAAUCCAUUUUCCAUUCCUUCAAGAAAACAGAAUGUUUAUUCUUCAAAUUCUCUUCAUUCGAGUCGUCCUUCCACUUCUGAAACGAUUGAGGCAAUGGAAAUUGAUCCUAUACCUUCACCAAUGAGGAAACUGGAGACACCAACUGGUCCAACAAGAUUAUCAGUAAUAACUCCACCACAGGAUGGACGUAUGGGUAGCGUAUCCUACAGACACUCUCAGACAGCUGUAAUAAUUCCACGUCAGAAGACUGAAGCAGGAUCCACAAGAUCCACCCCUGUGAGUUUACCACGUAGUGCAUGUCCAUCAUCAUCUGGAUCCCAGAGCAGUCGAAGGGGAUCAUGGGCUAGUUCUGAUUUCAGAACCCCUCAGCUGUACUCAUUUGCAUCACCUUCUCCACAGCUGCCCCUGUCAAGGCAGCCAAUCACCAUCUCUGGACUUCUGCAAAGACAGCAAGGAUCAACUAAUAUGGGAGGACAAUCAUCAGAGAGAUGA